AUGCAGCACAUAUAUCUCAGCGGUAUGCAGCAGUUCGAGGUGAUGACGGAUCAUCGGCCGUUGAUCCCCAUUCUUAACUCGAAAAGCAAGGCGGACAUCGAGAACCCUCGUUUGCAACGUCUCCGAGAGCGACUCGACCAGUUCAACUUCGUCGCCACCUGGCGGCAGGGAAAGCCGCACGCCAUCCCAGACGCGCUGUCUCGGGCGCCCGUGGAUGACCCAGUGCCUGAUGACGAGGAAUCGGAACAAGACGUCAGCAACCAGAUCGCCAGCAUGGUCUCCAGGCUCGUCAGCGACGUCACCAACACCGACGGUGGCGCCAGCCCUCUCCGGGACGUCGCGCUAUCAGAACUCCGCGCCGCCGCCGAGAAGGACCCGGAGAUGAUCGCGCUGAAAGAUGCCGUCUCGACCGGUUUUCCAGAACAUCGGACGCAGCUGGACCCGCUGCUGGGCCCCUACGGUGGCCUCAGAAACUGUCUCGCGAUGGAUGACGACCUGGUGGUGUGCGGUCGGCGGUUGGUGAUACCGCAGUGCCUCCGUCACGCCACUCUUCAGAAACUUCACGCCAGCCCCCAGGACGUCGAGCGGACCAAGAGGCGCGCACGGCAAGCGGUGUACUGGCCCCAGGUGGGCCAGGACAUGACGAACUUCAUCGGCGCCUGCAGCAAAUGUCAACUGCACCUGCCCAAAAAACCACCGCCGGCGGAGACCUGA